AUGCUGACCGAAUUCGACGAAACAUGUGGAUGCAUCUGUCUUCAGCUGAAUCUACAAAAGACGAUGUUCAUGCAGAACGGAUGGGUAUCGGAUGCCCCAUUCACGCUCAACGGAACGAACAUAUCCGAAUUCACCAGCUACGUUUGUCUGGGUUGGGAAUUGAACAUGAUGAACGACCUGACUCCCAAGCUGGGCAGGAGGAGACGAGAGGCUUGGGGAGCGUAUAAGAGCAUCGAGGGUGCAGUGAAGAAAACCAAGAACACCCGGCUCGGUGCUCACCUCUUCAACACCACCAUACUUCCUGCUUUCACCUAUGCUUCGGAAACCUGGGCAUUUCGCAAGCAGGAAGAAAACGCGGUGAGCGUCAUUGAACGCGCAAUUGAGAGAGUGAUGCUAGGAGUAUCCCGUUUCACGCAAGUGAGGGACGGGAUUCGAAGUUCUCUCCUACGUGAGAGAUUGAAGAUUAGAGUCGCGUUUGCCAACAAAAGUAAAAUAAGGUGGGCCGGACACGUGAUGGGCUUUAACGACAACCGUUGGACCAGAGCCGUGAGCGACUGGAUUCCGGGUGAUAUUAAGCGCACUACAGGAAGACCGCCGACCCGAUGGUCAGAUUUCUUCACGAAGUCCUUCAAAGAAAAUUAUGAUGCUCUUCGUAUCCCACGCGAAAGGAGGAACCACUGGGCUACUCUGGCACGCGAUCGGGACAAAUGGAAGGCGCCCCCUCGACCAGUUCGAAAAUCAACGGGAGUCAAGGUGAUCAAGGUGAUCGAGGUGAUCGAGGUAAUCAAGGUGAUCAAGGAAGAAUUACUGGUGCCCGCUCGACCAGUUCGAAGAUCAACGGGAGUCAAGGUGAUUAAAGUGACGUUCUCAACGCGUAGAAUCAAGAGUCUGAUUGCGUUUAGUAAAAGCAGGUGCACCACUUGCAAGUAA